GACCGAGAGACUUUCGUAAAAAGCGCUGAAAUGAAUGAAAUGGCAAGAAUGAACAAGAUUGGAUUCCUUUUUUCUUUACUGGUUUCCUUGGGCUGGUGUUCGACUCAGGAACGGAAAGUGUGCCAGGGUGGACACAACAGACUGACCAUGCUGAGCACCGUGGAUGAUCACUACCAGAUCCUGGUGAAGAUGUACAGCAACUGCACCGUCGUCCUGGAGAACCUGGAAAUCACCCACACUGCCCACUAUCACGACCUGUCCUUCCUCAAGACCAUUGAAGAGGUCGGUGGCUACGUUCUCAUCGCUCUGAACAGCGCACCUGAGAUCCCGCUGGACAACCUGCACAUCAUCCGAGGCCACACGCUGUAUGAUAACACCUUUGCCCUGGCGGUCCUGUUAAAUCAUAACCAAACCAGCGGUAUAGGGACAAACAGGUUGUCUUUCAACAGCCUCACCGAAAUACUGCACGGUGGGGUAAAGUUCACCAGCAACCCUUUUCUAUGUAACGUGGAGACCGUCCAGUGGGCCGACAUCCUGAACGAGAAGAGCAGUCCUGUCAUCAGACCUGAACCCAGUUCCAGCAAGCUUUGUAGGAAAUGUAACCAGAGCUGCACGAACGGCUCGUGUUGGGCUCCGGGGACAGAGAACUGCCAGACUUUUACGAAGCUGAUCUGUGCUGACCAGUGCUCUGGACGGUGUAAAGGCAGAAACCCCAGUGACUGCUGUAACGAGCACUGUGCCUCUGGCUGCACCGGACCCAGACCAACAGACUGCCUGGCCUGCAGGGACUUUCAGGAUGAGAAUACGUGUAAGGACGCGUGCCCUCCUCUUAUGCUGUACAACCCCAACACCCACCAGCUGGCCUCCAACCCCAACGGGAAGUACACUUUUGGGGCCACGUGUGUGAAGAACUGCCCACAUAACUAUGUGGUGACGGACCACGGGGCGUGUGUGCGAGCCUGCAGUCCCGGCACCUACGAGGUGGACGAGGACGGGGUCAGGAAGUGUAAGAAGUGCGAUGGUUUAUGUCCGAAAGUGUGUUCAGGGUUAGGUGUGGGUCAUCUGAUGGGCAUCCUGUCAAUUAAUGCCAGCAACAUCGACUCAUUUGAGAACUGCACCAAGAUCAACGGCGACGUCUCCAUCCUCAAGACGACACUGGAAGGUGACGAGUUUACUAAAACACCAAAGAUGAAUCCUGACAGACUCAACGUUUUCAAAACAGUCAAGGAAAUUACAGGUACUUUGCUGAUUCAGUACUGGUCGACUGACAUGUCAUCGCUCAGUCCCUUCGAAAACCUGGAGGUGAUUCGUGGAAGAACGAAACACCAAGGCACAAUGAGUCUGGGUGUGAGCGGGACUCCUAUAACUCACCUGGGGCUGCGAUCUCUGCGGGAGAUCAGUGACGGCGACGUGGCCAUCACGCAUAACUUCAAGCUGUGCUACACCAAACCAGAGCACUGGAAACGCCUGUUUAAAUCAGACAGACAGUCCGUCAGACCUAUGAAGAACGCAGACAAUACUGCAUGUGUGAAUCAGAACCAGACCUGUGAUGAGAUGUGCACGUCCGACGGGUGCUGGGGUCCCGGCCCCACCAUGUGCUUUGACUGUAAGCACCGCAGCCGAAAGAGAAGCUGUGUGGCCGCCUGUAAUCUGCUGGAGGGUGAGCCGCGGGAAUGUGAGGUGGAAAAGACGUGCCUGGAGUGUGACCCCGAGUGCAAACCACUGAACGGAACUCUGACCUGCACUGGACCUGGUCCUGACAAGUGUGUGGAGUGUGCCAACUACAGAGACGGACCCCACUGUGUGUCCCGGUGCCCACAGGGCGUACCUGGUGAGGAAGACACACUCGUGUGGAAAUAUCCGGACAGUACGCGCGAGUGCCAGCUGUGCCACCAGAACUGCACCCAAGGGUGCACUGGACCAGAAUUAAAAGACUGCAAAGAUUUUAGGAAUAACUCGAGCACGUCUGUAAUCGCCGCCGGAGUCGUCGGCGGGCUCCUGGGCUUCGUCAUUCUCUGCCUGGCCGUGGCGGUGGUGUUAAGGAGACGCACGAUCAAGAGGAAGAGAACGAUGCGCAGAUUACUGCAUGAGAAAGAGUUGGUGCAGCCUCUCACUCCCAGUGGACAAGCUCCGAAUCAAGCGCUGCUCCGCAUCCUCAAAGAAACCGAGUUCAAGAAGAUCAAAGUGCUCGGCUCCGGAGCUUUCGGCACCGUGCACAAGGGAUUGUGGGUCCCAGAAGGUGAAGACGUGAAGAUCCCUGUCGCGAUAAAGGUGUUGCGAGAGGCCACCUCACAGAAAGCUAACAAGGAGAUAUUGGAUGAAGCCUACGUGAUGGCGAGUGUCGAGCAUCCCCACGUGUGCCGCCUGCUGGGCAUCUGUCUGACCUCCACGGUGCAGCUGGUGACCCAGCUGAUGCCCUACGGCUGCCUGCUCGACUACGUCAAGGAGAACAAGGACAACAUCGGCUCACAACACCUGCUGAACUGGUGUGUGCAGAUCGCUAAGGGCAUGAACUAUUUAGAAGAGCGCCACUUGGUGCAUCGAGACCUGGCUGCACGGAACGUACUGGUCAAAACCCCUCAGCACGUAAAGAUCACGGACUUCGGCCUGGCCAAACUUCUCAGCGCUGACGAGAAGGAAUACCACGCGGAGGGAGGGAAGGUACCAAUAAAAUGGAUGGCCCUUGAAUCUAUUCUUCACAGAACGUACACACAUCAAAGUGACGUCUGGAGUUACGGCGUGACCGUUUGGGAGCUGAUGACCUUCGGUUCGAAGCCGUAUGACGGAAUCCCCGCCAGUGAAAUUGCAGUAGUUCUGGAGAAAGGAGAACGACUCUCGCAGCCACCGAUCUGCACCAUCGACGUGUACAUGAUCAUGGUCAAAUGCUGGAUGAUUGACGCCGAGAGCAGACCACGAUUCAGAGAGCUCAUCGGAGAAUUUUCCAAAAUGGCACGAGAUCCAUCACGCUACCUGGUCAUUAAGGGUGAUGAGCAGAUGCACCUCCCCAGUCCCUCUGACUCACGCUUCUAUCGUUUAAUGAGCGGAGGGGAUCUGGAUGAGGCUGUCGACGCUGACGAGUACUUGGUGCCCAACCACGGCUUCUUCAGCAGCCCCAGCACCUCUCGAACGCUCCUCCUGCACUCUAUGAGUCUGAACAGCAGCAUCGGCUCGUGCCACAACAGAAACGGGAAUCUCCAGCCCAUGAGAGAGAACAGCAUUGUGAUGCGAUACAUCCCCGACCCCACAGACCGCUUCAUGGACGGAGAUUUCCAACCUGCCCCAGAAUACAUAAACCAGAACAGCGGCGCUGUCGUCUCUAACAUGGUCAACCCGAUCUACCAGAACCCGGGACCCAUCCGUGGAGCAUUUGACGAGACCGAGGAGGAGUACCUGAGCUGCUUCAAAACCCCAGAACCCCUCCCUCCUCUCAAAUCCGCUCCGGAGUACCUAAACACCCCCCAGUCUAAAUUCAUCCCCCCCUCGUCUGCCAGCCACAACCUGCUCAACGGGCACGGCUACAGCACGCAGAACAGCAUCGACAACCCCGACUACCAGCAGGACUUCUGUCCGGUGAGGGUCAAGCCGAACGGGCACCUCCCGGCCGCCGAGAACUCGGAGUACAUGGGUAUUAAAGCACUGUAGCACAGUUUGGACUUCUGUAAAGUUUGGACUUCAUAAAGAAGACAAAAUAUAAAUGUUGGACAUGGAGUGCACUGGACUGCUGGUGCAGUUCUUACAAAACACAUGCCAGUAAGUGGACUGGGCUGUGAGUGUGUGUGUGAGCAAAUGAAAGAUUGAAUGCUUUUCUGUCUUGCUUUCUGAAUGUGCUCCGGUCCGGAGCGACCCUGAAAAGGACGAAAGAGUUACUGAAUAUUAAUGAAAUAAUAAAGAAAUAAAUUAUAUAUUUA